AUGAGCAGACGUUCGAGCAGAACCAUUUAUGUUGGGAAUCUACCCGGCGAUAUCCAGUUUGAUGAUGCUCAAGAUGCUGAGGAUGCAAUUCGUGGGCGUGAUGGUUAUGAUUUUGACGGGCGUCGGUUAAGGGUGGAGGCUGCUCAUGAGGGUCGUGGUACUGGUAAUUCAUCUUCAAGAGAUAGACAUAGUAGUCAAAGCAAUGGCAGGGGUGGACGUGGAGUAUCCAGGCGCUCUGAAUACCGUGUUCUAGUUAGUGGAUUGCCAUCUUCUGCAUCCUGGCAGGAUCUUAAGGAUCACAUGCGAAAAGCAGGGGAUGUUAGCUUUUCCCAAGUUUUUUCACGAUGGAAGGGGUACUACUGGAAUUGUGGAUUACACAAAUUAUGA